AUGAUUUUCACGUCGAAAUGGUCCCAAAUCACCCAGAACUUGUCCACCUGCACCUGCUUUUCACCAACCGAGGACCAAUCAUUACAGUGGUUCGGACCACCAUCUUUAAUUCGGUUCCAUCUCGUCUUCUGGAGUCCUUUUGAAGGAUCUCCCCUUUCCACGUUGUCGUUUGAUCCGAUUUUCGGGUCAUUCAGUGUUCUGGCUUUCGAGCCGCUGUGCUGUCGCUUUUCCAAGAUCACCACUAAAAAUACGCUCUCUGGUCGCCAUCAACGAAAAAAAUCAGCUCGGGUUUCUUGUUGGUAAUGUGGUUUUCGUCGCUUGAUUUCAAACUGGAUGGCUUUUCGGCAUUCUUGGACCUCUUUCUGGAGCAAUGGAAAAUUCUUCACAGCAUUUUGAGUCAAAUAUGGAGUUUUCGGCCACUGUGGACUUCAAUCAAUUUUUGGAUCGUCAACAUCAGGAUCUCCGCUAAAAAACAAAAACAUAACUUUCGAAGCAGGACGAAAUUUUUAUCGGGAAAAAUGAGGGAAUAUGACAGGAUAGGGACCUUAGCAAUAGUUUUAGAAUUUUCGGCCAUACCUUUCCAAUUUUUCGCCUAAUUUUGGUGAUUUCAGUGCCUCCCAGCACCGUCGACCAGGCCUCUGGCCAACGUCCGAGCCCAACAAGCGGACGCCAAAUCCACACCGUGCAGGCUGAAGUCUUGCCGCCGGUUGUGGUCCUUCCACUGGAUGGCCAGCCCCAAUCCGGCGUCCCAGUGGAAGGAAAAGAGGUGCCGUGCGUUCCAUCCGGCACCUCUGGCUUCGGCCAAAACCCGGCCCGCACCGUUCAGGCCGAGCACCAGCCGGCGGUUGCGGGUUCCCCCCUGGAUGGCCAUCACCUCGGCGUCCCAGGAGGAGAGGGAGGACUUAGCACCAUUGCUAGUCCGACUUGCUCCAGCCCGAUGUAUUCCCGGUCGCCUGAAUACAGCACCGGGAAUUCGACGCUCCACGGAGUCCCAUCGAUUGCCUCGUAUGAGGAAUUUGAAGAGUAUCAGGCGAUGAUGGCAGAGAAGACGCCGGAGCCAGUGGAAGAAGAGAAAGCCAAGCUGAAGGAAAAGCUGGCAGAACUCAUCGAAGAAAACCGGCAGAUCUUAAGACAAGCCGAUGAACUGAGGAAAUCAAAGGAAGUCACAGAAGCCUUGUGGCUCUCAGAAAUGGAAAGAGCCCAAAAGGCUGAAGCCGACCUGGAAGCGGCACAGAGGGUCAUCAACGAGCUAAAAACGAAGGAUUACCGGGCUGGAAGAAAGCUCGAAGAAACCGUAAAGGCCAAGGAUGACGCAAUGGCCGAAUUAGAGAAGGAAAAAGAAGAAAAAUAUCGUCUCAAAAGGCGCCUGAGCGAGAUCCUUCGUCACGCCGAAGCCGAUGCCCGACCGCCAAGGAAAGACCGCUCGAGAAGUCCACUGGUGCGGACCUCGACGUCCAGCCUACAGCGGCCUGACGUCCAGCCUACAGCGGAAGUCACCUUGCUUCGAGAGGAAGUCGUCUCGCCCCCGGUCGAGAAUCAGGUCUCUUUGGAAGGCCCUGAAGUCCAAGCACCACAACAUGAGGCCCCGGGGCCCCUGCGAAGAAUGCCCAAGUGCAGGAGGCGGUGCUGCUACCAGCCGCCGCCUCCUGCACCUCAAGUUGGUCCUCGGCCUCCCCGAAGAUCAAGGGAGGUCGAACAACUCGGCCCCAUCAUCGAGGAGGUCGUGUUUGAAGAGCGGCCCAGGAGGCGAAGCCGUCAGCCUCCAGCCCGACUCGUCGUCGACAUGGUGCGUAGAAGCUACGCAUCGGUGCGAAACUCCUUACUACCUCGUAAGUUUAUCGCAUCUUGUUUUUUACUUUUUCGGCCAAAACCCCUAGAAAUAAACCAAACUGAGGUGUUUUUUGAAGAAAAAAGACAUAAAAAUAAUAUAAUCCUCAAUAAUGUCUUUUUUUUCAGGCAGAAGGACUCAUGUUCCCCCGAAUGAUCCAGCCCCUUGGCAGCUUGGAUAA